ACGAUUGGCUGAGAGCAGACGGAGACAGUCGCGUAGCGGACGCACGCAUUCUGCGUCACCUCCGCUGUGACAUGAAGCUCGCGGGACUCACCUGCCUCUGGUCCUGGUGUGUGCAGCUUCUCAGCACCUUCCUCUGCUCAGUGACAGGUAAACCUCUGCAGCCUGUCCCACCUGGACAGAUCAUUGCUGUUGUAGGGGACGAUGUCGUCCUCCCGUGUGGCCUCCGCACAUCUGUCAGCCCCUCACAUGUGGUGGAGUGGUCGCGGGCGAAUGGCACAUCCCGGCUGACGGUCCAUGUUUUCCGUAAUGGAAGAGAGCUGAUAAAGGAGAAAUCAGCGGAGUACCGCGGGAGGACGGACGUGAUGGAGGACGGCUCUCUGAACCUGCAGAAUGUCACGCGGUGGGACAGCGGCACUUACAGGUGUGUCCUUCUCCCACGAUCAUCCACGACAGACGAGGUGUUCGUCUCUCUCUUUGUUGCUGAGCUGUCUGAGGUCACCGUGACUCUGCAGCACAUUUCGUCCAAUGAGCUGCUGGUUCACUGCGAGUCCAGCGGCUGGAGCCCGGAGCUGCUGAUUUCUCUGCUGGACGCCAGCGGGAACGUCCUCGCCGCUCAGAGAGAGUCGGCCGGGCCGGACCACCUGUGCUCCGUCAGGGUGCACCUGGCAGCAGCCGAAGGGAAACUCAGAGGAACGUUGAUCUGUCGGGUGGAGGCACCGGGAACGCGGCUGGUGAAGGAGGAAACCAUCAGUGUCCACGCUCAGAUCCAUCCUCUGGAGGCAGGUCACACGCUCUGGGUCGUCGCCGUCAUCGUGGUCGCCGCCAUCGUGUUCGCCGUGGUCCGGGCUGGUCGGUGUCUUCUGUGUGAUUCAGGGUACGGAGACGUCCUGAAGGUGGAGACAACAGGAGCUUCUGAAGACAUAGCGAGAGCAAACCACCUGCUCAUCAACGGUCGGCUGCUGGCUGGAGUGGAGGCGUCCAGCGCGCUGGCACAGAGAGACCUGAGCGAGCUGAUGACGCACCGAGAGAUGAUCGUCAGAGUGGGACAAUCACGCAGAAUCCAGCCCGCCCUGAUCGCCGCCAUCAUCUCCAGACAGUCUCAGGCUGGAACCAAGCUGGACGCAAACGGCUUCGGACAGUUCGACCCAGACUGCUUCGGUCUCAUGCAGAUCAAUAAGCGUUACCACCCAGUGACGGGCGGCCCGUACAGCGGCGAGCACGUGGAGCAGGGAGUCGACUUCCUCAUCCAGCUCAUCAGGAUCAUGAAGAGGAAGAACCCGAAGUGGACCAGCGAACAGCAGCUGAAAGGAGCGUUGGCUUGUUACAUCGCAGGCGAGGACAUAGUCCUUCCUUUGGCUUACGAAGACGUGGACAGCGUGACGCCGUACAGGGACUUCGCCAAUGACGUGGUCGCCAGAGCUCAGUGGUUCUCUGACCACGGAUUCUGAAAAACAACAGCUGCACGAACGUUCCGCAGCAGAGAAGAAGAACCUGCUGUGACUGGAUCGUUUUCUGCUGCGUGUUGUUGCUGUUGCUAAGUUGACGAAGCCACUCUGCGUUUUCCAGCUGUUUAUUCACAGGUAAGAAAAACGUAGCAGUAUUAACCAGGUUUAAACGUCUCAAGUAUUUCAUUAUAUUUAAAAGCCAUUUUGAAACUGUGAAGUUUUACUGUUUUACUUAUUGAUCACUGAUGUUUGUACCUGAACCAACAUGAAACUGUUUAUUCUAAAAACCAAACUGAAGCAGGAAGAGACGAGGUCCUCUGUCUCCUGCUUUGUCUCUGGGUUGGUGCGUGGAGUCCCGGGCCUGAAGCCCUGCAGCUGUUUUUAAAGUUAGAAGUGCUUUAUUGUUCCAGCGUAUGGACGUGAAUAUUAUUCUCUGCAUGUGUCAAAGUCACUGGAGACGAUUAAUGUGACGAA